AGAAACAUAAUAGUUUGGCAUGUUUCGAACAAACUGAUAUACUUGGAGGAGUGCAAAUAAAACCCAAACUCUCUUUCUCUUUGUUUUAUUCAAUUCAACAAAAUCCACUCACUCGCUUCACUGUCAUCCCAACCGCUAAGGAAGGAUUGAGUAGCUUCAUUCAUGGCAACCCAAUCACCAUCACCAUCACCAUCACCACCACCACCUCUUCCAUCUCCCACCGCCACCGAUGAAAAUCAAGGUGCUGAUAUUAUCCAACCGUCAAACAUGGAUCAGCAAAAUGCCGGAGAUGAGUCUGUUAAACCCAUUUCAUCUACAUCAGUCUUUGUGAACUCAGAACCAUUGCGGGAAGAACAAGUUCAGAAUGCUGUGAAAUUUCUAUCACACCCAAAAGUUAAAGGUUCGCCCGUCAUGUACAGGCGGUCAUUUUUGGAGAAGAAGGGUCUUACGAAGGAGGAGAUUGAUGAAGCCUUUCGGCGUGUGCCUGAUUCAGCUCCAACUGUGCAGACAUCUGGUGUAACUCAAGAUGGUCAAUUGAAGUCACCAUCAAACGUUCAGCAACAAGCCCAACAGCAAACUUUGCAGCCAGUUUUACCUGCUUCUACUGGUGUUAAUACUUCAUCUGGAGCCUUAUCACGAACCAGAUUUCACUGGUCCCAUGCCCUUAUGCUAGUUGGAUUCCUGACUGCUUCAGGUGCUGGAACAGUUUUAAUAAUUAAGAAAUCACUUCUUCCUCGGUUAAAAUCAUGGAUACGCAAGGUUGUCUUAGACGAAGAUGAUGAACAAUCAAAGAAAACUGACAACAAACCAACUUUGGUUGAAGAAGCCGCUCAAGCUGCUAAAUCAGCAGCAGCCGCAGCUGCAGAUGUGGCAAAAGCAAGCCAAGAAAUGUUGGCUUCAAAGGGUGAAGAAAGGAAAUACUUUGUGGAAGUUGUGGGUCUUUUAGAUAAGCAAGUACAAGAAAUGAAGUUAAUGACAAAUGCAAUAAGAAGAUUGGAAGGGCAAGAAGAUCUCCGAGUCAGUCAAACAAGUUUGAAGCAACUGGUUGCGAAUGGCAAGGCGGACUAUGACUUGCGUUCAGUGAGAUCAUUAUCCCCACCUGCACCUGUUGAACCAUCAGGUCCUCCUCAUCCGAAGUCAUAUAUGGAGAUAAUGGCCAUGGUCCAAAGAGGGGAGAAGCCUUCUAAUAUCAGAGAGAUCAAUGAUUUACCCCCCAACCCUAGUCAACAGCCGUCAGAUCCUCGCAUAUUGCCUAGAUCCAAGCCAUGGGAGAUUGGGCAGGUUCAAAACACGUCUAGCCAAGUGUUUCAGCCUCAAGCAAAUGGUGAAGAAUCGUAUAUCAAGGUCCAAGAUACCACUCAAUCAAAUGGGGAUGACCCAACUCCCUGGUGGCAGAAGAAAAAUGUCAGAAUCAGAGAGAUUGAUGAAAUUGAGUAUAAUGGAGCACCAAAUGGUUCUGCAUCCAGUCAGCAGCCCCUACAACGUGUGUGGGUUCCUCCUCAACCUCCACCGAUAGCUAUGGCGGGAGCUGCAGAAGCAAUCAGGCGCCCAAAACAGGCUGUCCAAAAGGAACAGGCGUCAGAUAACCAGUCAGUAGUUCAAUCUUCAGACAUCUCUAAUGGGGAGCAUGAGAUCCCAAAACCGUCGGAAUCUGAAGGUGCUGUAGAGGGAAGCAAUGUCGGCUCUGGUGAGAUACAAGUCUUACAAGAAGACCAUGAAACAACAUAUGAAUAGAAAUUAAGGUGAAACAUGAAGUUGGAAAUAGAGCUUGAAGUAGUCCCAAAUUCUGGAUAAACUGGACACAGUAUGUUUCAUAAACUGGAUAUCAAUACAAGAUGCAUAAGUGGGUGUCUUUUUCAUGAAAGAAUAUGGUACUAGCAGAAGUAUGCGCUAUUAUAGGUUUUAUGAUGUAUGUCAUAUUUUUAUAGUUACCGGCUAGCAGCUGCAAAAUACCCUUAUGGAAUGCGAUUAUUAUUUUUAUCAUAUAUUAU